AUGGUCGAUAUCUCUUUGCAGGCUGUGGAUGGCGAUUCUCUACCUAAGGAUCUUUACCUGUCCCUUAGGGUGGGGGAGCAGCAGAAGUUCUCGAAGGCGAACUGUGCACGAACCUACAAGUUCUCAUCAUCUCCUGAGCGGCGCUACGGCAAGAUAGAGCUGUACCGCCGCGUGGGCGUUUCAACUGUAAGCCUUGAUGGCGAGCACUUCCAGGGCGCUCACGAGCUGGCCAUCCAAGUGGAGGAUGAGCGGAUGCAGAAUAAGGAGGUUCGAUAUCACUUCUGCUUGGGUGGUGCUGGAAGCCUCCCUGCACCCACAGUCACUAACGAGGUGGCCCAGUCCGACUCCGCCAAACAGUCAUCGGCGAAUCCGAAACAGUCAUCGGAGAAGGUCUUGCAGGCCCGUGAGUAUCUCCAGCACCACCAGCUGGAGCAGCGCCUGUCGGACGCGAUGCAGGCUGUUCUGCGAGAGCGGCCGGAGGACCCUGCAGCGUUCAUCGCGAAGAAGCUCCAGACGAAAUCUGGAGUCCUGAAGAAGGUGGAGGAGCCGAAGCCUGAACAGGCAAAGCCAGAGCCCGUGAAAGCGGUGCCGCAGCCUAGUGCAGAAAAAGUUCCGGCAAAGCCAGAACCCCCAGCACCCCCGGCGGCUCCCGUCAAAAGUCCUGUCAGUGCAAGAAGCGCCGUGGCAAGAGACCCCCCUGCACAGGCCAGCUGCUCUUUCCCCCUGCUCCCCUCUGUGGCGACAUGGCUCGCCGCAAAGCCCUAUCGCAUCCUUGCAGAAAGCCCGACGGCAAGCCCGGCGGCAAGCCCGGCGGCAAACCCGGAGCCGUUCGCCCAGCUCCCGUCUGUGGCCACAUGGCUUGCUGCAAAGCCCUAUCCUGUUUUUGAAGACGCCCCCGUGGCAAAUCCAAAGCCACCUGCUGCCCCAACCAAAGCCCAGAUCCCCUCUGCGGCGGCAAAUCCAGUGCCAGCUGCUCCCCCAACCAAAGAAUCGUCCACUCAGCCCCCCGCUGCGGCGGCAAAGCCAGUGCCACCCCCUGCUGCCCCAACCAAAGGUUCUUUCGCCAAGCUGCCCUCCGUGGCCACAUGGCUUGUUGCAAAGCCCGCUCCCCUCUUUGCAGCCAACCCGAUGCCCAUAAUGCCCCCCACCCACCCAGCCAAAUCUUCAUUCGCCCAACUCCCCUCUGUGGGCACAUGGCUGGCAACAAACCUGAAGUAG